AACAGAAACACACAACCCACAAUCACCCGUCCCGUCCCCAUAUAUAUAAUUUAUUUAUAUUUAUUUAAUUCCCCCAUCCCAUCUUAACCCACCGGCGGCCGGUUGGUAGAACCACAUACCAUGAACAGCGGCACUACUGUUGCGGCGCCGGCGGCCUACGGUGACGACCAACACGCUUAUCAUCAUAACCAUUAUGAUCAGUGGGUUCAAAACAACGGUGGCGGGAGUAGUGAUACUAAUACUAGUCUUUCCACCAAUACUGCUAAAAAGCCCAUAAGGAGGAGGUCUCGGGUGUCAAAGAAGACCCCGAUCACGCUCCUCAACGCCGAUCCGGCCAGCUUCCGAUCCCUAGUCCAGCAGUUCACCGGCUGCCCGCAUCCCAGGCCCACCUCCUCCAUUUCCUUCGACCAGACCGCGCCGCUCCACGCCCACGGCCCGCUCAACUUGGACUUCCAGCUCGGCACGGUCCAGCCCACUAUUAUGCAGCAGCAGCAGCGGAGGAGCUACUCACCUGAUUAUGAUUACCAUAAUAAUAAUAAUCCUCAUAUUAAUGCCGCUGCGCUUAGUGGCGGCGAUGAUCGCAGCAUGGGGACAACUAGUACUAGUGCUACUAAUUACGCCGAUGAUUAUGAAGACGGCGAUACGAUUAUGAGGAUGGGGGGACAUAAUAAUAAUCUGGACAUGGUGCAGGAGUUGUUGAUGGUUGACCAACACCACGACUUUGGCUUCUUCCAGUGAGCUAUAUAUGACCAUCACGAUCACUAAUACUAUACCUACCCUCCCCCUUCCCCUUCCCCUUCCCCCUUUUUUUUUUUUUUUUUUUUUGCUCUAGUGAAUUUCUCCUCUCCUGCAACUAUAUGUGUAGUCAGUAGUAGUAUCAGUUGGUUCAUCUUUUCUUACUUCCUUUUUUCUUUUUUUGGCAGAACUUCUUUCCUACUUCUUUUUAGUGGCAAGUUUGUGUAGGAUAUAUAUAUGUAUGUAAUAAAUGAGAGGAGUACACAUAUACAUGAUAAGCCUCCGACUGGAUUGACUAGUUUACUCCACAUCCUAGAGUCAAGUGGGUGCAACAUAAGUACUACUCAUCAAGUGCAUCAUAUUGUGAGUUUCUUUUUCCAUUUAUGAAAAUGGAAUAUUUGUUAAACUUCAUCGGUUCUACUUAUUGUACUAUGGUAUUAAUGAUAUUACAGAUUACAGAGCAUCCCAAAUAUUAUAAAUUGGUUUGAAGUUA